GAAGAUUUUAGGUUUAAUGAAAUGGACAGUAUUAAGGAAUUAGCUGAAAAUUUUAGAUUGAUCUCAUUCAAAUACAUUGAUACACAUUUAGAUAAUAGUUUCUUUACAGAGAUUAAGUGAUUCUUGGUCAAAUGAGUUGAUGAAACUGGUUAGCCUCAAUGCUUUUACAAUGUAACAUUUCUCUUUCGCUUGUUCCUAGCUAUUUGUAAUAAUAGUGGACAAAAUUCAAUUUAGCGCCGGGACAAUUGGACAAUCGAGUUGACAAUUUGUCUGGUGCUUCUUUCCAUAUUUGUGAGCAACAGGAAAAAGAUUCCUGAUUUCUGUCCUUUCUUUAUCCUUUGUUUUGUCUUUAUGUUUGAGAAAAACUACAACAAUUGACUAAUUUAAAAACGCGAGCUCAAAGGCAUCAAAGUAGUAAAAAGAACCAGUUUUUUCACAGAAAUCGGGAAUUAUAUGAACAAUAAAACACUGCCAUAAAAAAAGUCGAAAUUGCACAUAAUUUACUUUUGAUUUCAAAUAAAUAUGAACCAUAAGCUUGAAACGCAAUAGAAAUGGCUGGACACACAAAUUAGAUAAAAAUGGCCAGAGUUGAGUUCAUAUUUUACGAUUAACUCUAAACCAUAACUUUUUACUGUAACGAUGGAAAUGCUAUUUAUCUGGAUUAGGCAGGUAAAAUCAAUGGAUCCAAUAAUUUGAUGAUCAGUAAAAAGAUGCUCAGUAAAGUUUUACUUGUUGAUUCCGAUUAACAUUAAGUAUGUUUGUGUGUGUGCGUGAGCUCAGUGUUUCCCCUUUCACUUUCAGAGUUACUUCAUCUUCACGCAAUUAACAGUUUUGUUUUGAUAGUUAAUGGUGCAUCAGAAGCUGUUCAGCCUUGCUUAUUCAUCAAUCAUCAGGCAGCCAAAAAGUUAACCAAGAAGAUAGACUCUCUUUUUCAUCAUCAUCUAUCUAUCAAUCUAUUUCGGGAAACAAUCUUGGUUCAUUUACAAGGUUACUAUGGUAAUGAAUGGUGGAACAAAUUUGUUAACUUCAACUUGACCAUUUAAUCAGUUGUCUUAUCCAUUGACCAAAUUAUCCUCAACACUGGAUCAAUUCAACAGCCAUUUUGAUGAUCCUUAAAGUUUCCUGGUUUUUUUGAGUUUCUGGUCAUCAUUACAACCAAUUAUUGAUUCACCGACUUUUGUUCACCACAAAAAAUAAAUGAACUGAAUGUUAAUUUCCUCUUCACCAUCAAAUUGAGUCCAAACUAAUAAACUAUCACUUCUUAAUUUUGUGCCACUCGGAAAUUGGGAAACCAACGAUGUUUAAAAGGUUGAUUAAGUAUCAGUCAUCUUUCAAUUCUUUUGUCCGUUUUAUGUUCAAACCAGUUGAUGGCCAUGGUUUAGCUGUGUUUCGUAUCUUAUUUGGUCUCUUGAUGUUAAUUGAUUUACAAGUUGAACGAGCCUUCCAUGCAGCCAAUGAACGUUGGUCUGAUCCAGAUGAAUGUCGAUUCCCGUUGUUUCACUGGAUUAAGCCAUUACCCGGUCAUUAUAUGAACCUGUUAUAUGUGUUAAUGACAUUAGGUUCGAUUGGUAUGCUUCUUGGUUACAAAUUUAAGCUUGCAUCAACAAUUUAUGCAUUAAUCUAUUGGUAUAUAUUUCUGUUAGACAAAAGCUACUGGAAUAACCACACUUAUCUAUUUGGAUUGAUUACAAUGAUGUUAACUGUUUCUGAUGCUCAUAAAAUUUGGUCUCUUGAUUACCGUACUGCAAAAGAUGAGAAUAAAAAAAUUCCUUUCUGGCAAUACUUCAUCAUAAGAUUCCAAAUAAGCUUGGUUUAUUUUUUGGCUGGAGUCAAGAAAGCUAACCUUGAAUGGAUUGGUGGCUAUUCAAUGAGAUAUUUGUCAAACCAUUGGGUCUUCUCACCUUUCAGACUGGUACUUUCCCCAGAUUUGGUUGAUUUAUUAGUUGUCCAUUGGGGUGGCUUUUUGGUUGAUGCCUCGGUUGGAUUCUUUUUAUUAUUCCAAUCAACACGUCCAUUAGGUUACCUAUUCACUGGGCUAUUCAAUGCAAUGAAUUCACAAAUGUUUUCUAUUGGAAUGUUUCCUUAUGUCAUGUUGGCAGUUCUUCCAAUAUAUAGCUCUCCCGAUUGGCCAGUAUCUUUAAUAAAAUCAUUAAACCUUCACGUUGAUUCUUCAGACAAUCAGCCAAACGAUAAAAAAAGAGCACCAUCUAAAGAAACACAAGAAGAACAAAAAAAAUUUACAAAAACAAAUAAAGAUUUGAGGUUAACCCAUAGUGAUACUGAUGGCGGGAAAACAAUGGCAAAGAACGAAAUGAAAAAAGCCGCACCCAAUUUGACUAACUACCAAUCAAAAAGACUGUUAGUCCCGUCAUCUAUUGAUAAUAAUAAGGUCACUAAAAAACAACAAUUAGUUUGUCUCGUCCUUAUAAUUUACAUGGGAUUACAACUGGGGUUACCAUUUUCGCACAAUUUAACCCAAGGUUACAAUACUUGGACCCAGGGUAUAUAUGGUUACUCGUGGGAUAUGAUGGUUCACAAUUGGCGCCUUUUAGGUAAACGUAUCUUAAUAAUUGACAAGCAAUCAAAGCGAGAGAUGUACCUGAAUGUUGAAAAAUAUUCACCCAAUAAUCGAUGGACCCAUCAUGCUGAUAUGGCGAAACAGUUUGCUGUUUGUGUAGGAGAAAGGUUAAAGAAGACAACCGAUUUAACCGAUUUUGAAGUUCAUAUAGAUGUUUGGAUGUCAUUGAAUAAACGCUUUGCUCAGCGUAUCUUUGAUCCAAGGGUUGACCUGUUAGCGGCAGAUUGGUCACCAUUCAAGAAACCAUCCUGGGUAUUACCAAUGUUGACACAAUUCACAAGUUGGAGGUCAACAUUGAAAGAAUAUGAAGAAGAGAUAUUGAAUUCAAAUGAAACUUACGUAGUUUUCAUGGCUGAUUUUCCAGGUCUUGAUUUUGUCAACUUUGUUGACCCUCAAUUUGGAAAUACAACCUUCAAGGUUCUUAGUGGUUGGGUUAAACUGCAGGUUGAAGGAUCUUUCGUACGCAUUAUGUCACGAGGAGAUGAUUGCAAAUUACCAUCAGGACAAUUCCAUAGUGUCGUUCCUAUUAAAUCAGAACCAGCUUCUUAUAUGUACACGUUUACGAACAAGACUGCCGCUGAAUCCGUGUGGGAACCAGAUGCACACCGAAAAGAAAAUUCAAGAGAUGUUUGGAUUGUAAGAUUUUGUAAAAAAUGGGUGAAAAGUUUCCAGAUAACACUAGAAUCUCUUUGGAUAGUUAAAGAUAUAAUCCUCAACAAAAUUAUGACCGGAUUCACGUAUUUCACGAAAAUUGUGGAAAAUUUUGAAGUAAAAUAAAAGCAAACAAAACAUUUGAGAUUAU